CGUCACUGGGAGAACCACCGCCUCCCCCACCUCGCCUAACAUUUUCCACGUUUGCUCUUCACGGAGUGGGGAGCGGCCAAAGCCCACCGCUCACGUAGCCGCGCAGCUCCGCCGCCAACCACCUCACCGCGAGAACGCGGAGCCUGCAGGCGGCGCACGCGCAAACUGUAACGCCUGUGCCUCAGGUCUUGCCCUCUGCUUGCGGACGCUCGAGUUGUUUGGCGUUACCAUGGAGCGUCGAGGGGCUGGGAAGAGCGGCAGGUUGUCCCGGCAACCCGGGAGGACGCAACGGCUCCGAGUGGGCGCGGGCAAAAGCGGCUGCGAUGGUGUCCAACCCCGUGCACGGCCUUCCCUUUCUCCCGGGCACGUCCUUUAAGGACUCCACGAAAACAGCCUUCCACAGAAGCCAGACGCUGGGCUACAGGAACGGCUAUGCAAUUGUUCGACGUCCAACAGUUGGGAUAGGCGGGGAGCGGCUCCAGGUCAACCAGCUGUCCCAGGCUGAGCUGGAUGAGUUGGCCAGUAAGGCACCAAUGCUAACUUACGGCCAACCUAAGCAGGCCCCACCUCCUGAAUUUAUUCCUGCACAUGUGGCUUUUGACAAAAAGGUGUUAAAAUUUGAUGCCUAUUUCCAAGAAGAUACCCCUAUAUCAAACGAGGAAAAUUAUAGAAUCCGUCAAGUGAACAUUUACUAUUAUUUGGAAGAUGACAGCAUGUCUGUCAUAGAGCCCAUUGUGGAAAACUCCGGGAUCCCUCAAGGCAAGUUAAUCAAACGCCAGCGGCUACCCAAGAAUGACCGGGGAGACCAUUACAAUUGGAAAGACCUAAAUCGGGGAAUAGAUAUCACAAUUUAUGGCAGAACUUUCCACAUUGUUGACUGCGACCGAUUCACACAGGUAUUUUUGGAAAGUCAAGGAAUUGAAUUAAAUCCCCCAGGGAAGAUGGCUCUUGAUCCUUAUACUGAACUCCGGAAACAGCCUCUUCGUAAGUAUGUCACUCCAUCGGACUUUGAUCAACUGAAGCAGUUUCUCACCUUUGACAAACAGGUUCUUCGAUACUAUGCAAUCUGGGAUGAUACAGACAGUAUGUUCGGUGAAUGUCAGAACUAUAUCAUUCAUUACUAUCUUGUGGAUGACACAGUGGAAAUUCGAGAGGUCCAUGAGCGUAACGAUGGACGAGAUCCUUUCCCACUCUUGAUGAACCGCCAGCGCAUGCCCAAAGUUUUGGCAGAGCAUGCAAAGGACUUCCCUCAGUGUGUGCUGGAAAUCUCUGAUCAAGAGGUGUUGGAAUGGUAUACUGCCAAAGACUUUAUCGUUGGGAAACCACUCACUAUACUUGGGAGAACAUUCUUUAUUUAUGAUUGUGAUCCAUUUACUCGACGGUAUUACCAAGAAAAGUUUGGAAUCACCAAUUUACCACGUAUUGAUGUGAGCAAGAAGGAGCCACCUCCCGUAAAACAGGAAUUACCUCCUUAUAAUGGUUUUGGACUAGUUGAGGAUUCGGCUCAGAAUUGCUUUGCUCUGAUUCCAAAAGCUCCUCCAAAAGAUGUUAUCAAAAUGCUGGUGAAUGAUAACAAGGUGCUUCGUUAUUUGGCUGCACUGGAAUCACCCAUCCCAGAAGACAAAGAUCGCCGAUUCAUCUUCUCUUAUUUUCUAGCCACAGACAUGAUCAGUAUCUUUGAGCCUCCAGUUCGCAAUUCUGGCAUCAUUGGGGGCAAGUACCUUGGCAGGACUAAAGUUGUUAAACCAUUCUCUUUGGUGGACAACCCUGUCUACUAUGGCCCUGGUGACUUCUUCAUUGGUGCUGUGAUUGAGGUGUUUGGCCACCGGUUUGUCAUCCUUGAUGUAGACAAAUAUGUUUUGAAAUAUAUGGAGAGCAAUGCUGCCCAGUAUUCACCGGAAGCACUCUUGUCAACUCAGAACCAUGUCCGAAAGCAAGAGGCUCCUGCACCAGAAUUGGAAAACAAGCAAACUGAAGAAGAUCCAGGCACUAAGGAUCUGGAGACAUUAAUAGACACAAUCCAGAAGCAACUGAAAGAUCAUUCAUGUAAAGAAAACAUUCGAGAGGCAUUUCAAGAUUAUGACAAGGAAGCUUCAGGAUUUGUGGACAGGGAGAUGUUCUUUAAAAUCUGUGAAUCUCUUAAUGUCCCAAUAGAUGACUCCUUGGUUAAGGAGUUAAUCAGGAUGUGCUCUCACGAAGACGGCAAGAUUAACUACUACAACUUUGUUCGUGCUUUCUCAAACUGACCUGGCCAGUGAGAGAAUGCAAGAUGAAUUUUUGAGGUUGGACCUACACUGUGAAAUCUACCUUGUGCUCUUUGUAAGGGGAUUUAUAGGGCUCCUGAGGCUCUGCUGCUUUUUUGGUUCUGACAUUUCACUACUACUGAAGCUUAAAUUAAACUGAAUCCUAUAGGAUCUAAGAUUGGUGCCUUUUUGGGGGAUAAGGAUGGAGAAUGAUUAAGAGCAGGAGGAAUGAUAGAAUUUGCUAGGAGAAACAUUAUUUGGGGCAUUGAACACAUGCACACAGCCCUGGCUGUUGGUGCUAGCCACC